ACUUGGCGCUCCCGUCGAGGCGUUGGGGGCGUGGCCGAGUCUCCCUUUCGCCAUGACGAACAAAUGACCUCGCGGGGAAUGAAAUUUAAAUUCCACAAAGGGGAGCGAGUUCUCUGCUUCGAGCCGGACCCGACCAAGGCGAAAGUGCUUUAUGAUGCCAAGAUUGUUGACAUUGUUAUUGGGAAGGAUGAGAAAGGAAGAAAGAUUCCAGAAUAUCUGAUCCAUUUUAAUGGUUGGAACAGAAGCUGGGACAGAUGGGCAGCCGAAGAUCAUGUUCUUCGUGAUACUGAUGAAAACCGCAGAUUACAACGUAAAUUGGCAAGGAAAGCUGUGGCUCGCAUGAGAAGAAAAGGAAAGAAAGGGCGUUGCAGGUUGCCUGGUGUUGACUCUGUGUUGAAAAGCCUUCCUGCUGAAGAGAAUGAAGAAAGCAGUGGAAACUCAGCUAUAAGCAGUUCUUCUGAUGGCAGUGAUGAAGGCACAGAUGAAGAAAUAAAAAGUGAAGAAAGUGACAUUGAUGAGAAAUCAGAAAUGAAAGAAGAACAAGAAACUCAUACUAAAAGGGAGAUGGAAGAAAAAGCAAUAAAUAUUGAAAUUCCUGAAAUCUUAAAAAAGAAGCUUGAAGAAGAUUGUUACUAUAUAAACAGGAGAAAACGGCUAGUGAAACUGCCAUGUCAGACAAAUAUAAUAACCAUCCUGGAGUCAUAUGUGAAGCAUUUUGCCAUUAAUGCUGCUUUUUCAGCCAAUGAAAGAUCUCGACACCAUCAAAUAUCUUCACAUGCUAACCUGAAUCUUCACUAUGUCCCUCCAGAAAAGAAUGUUGAGUUAUGCAAAGAAAUGGUGGAUGGGUUAAGAAUCACCUUUGACUUCACUCUUGCAUUGAUUCUACUCUAUCCUUAUGAGCAAGCCCAAUUUAAGAAAGUGACUUCUUCCAAGUUCUUUCUUCCAAUUAAAGAGUGUGUAGCAAACACUAACAGAAAUCAAGAAGAGCUUUCCCCAAGUCCACCUCUUCUGAAUCCAUCAACUCCACAGUCCACAGACAGCCAACCUGUAGCAGGAGAGUCUGCAACACCUAAGCGACGGAAAACUGAACCUGAAAUCUUGCAGUCCCUCAGGCGUUCUACCCGUCAUACAUCCAAUUGUGACAGACUGUCAGAAAGUAGUGCUUCUCCACAGCCAAAGCGGCGAAAUAUUGAGACUCCAGCUUCAAUGCCAAAAUUGUUUUUGCAUCUUGAAAAGAAAACCCCUGUCCACAGCGGAUCCUCUUCGCCCAUUACAUUGACUCCCAGUAAAGAAGGCAGUGCCGUAUUUGCUGGUUUUGAAGGUAGAAGAAACAAUGAACUCAAUGAGGUGUUGUCGUGGAAACUGAUGCCAGAGAACUAUCCCCUAGAUGAUCAACCACCGCCACCCUCUUACAUUUAUGGGUCUCAGCAUUUGCUACGAAUGUUUGUAAAGCUUCCAGAGAUUCUUGGGAAGAUGAGCUUUCCAGACAAAAACUUAAAGGCAUUAGUAAAGCACUUUGAAUUGUUCCUAAGGUUUUUAGCAGAAUACCACGAUGACUUCUUCCCAGAAUCUGCUUAUGUUGCUGCUUGUGAGGCCUACUACAGCACAAAGAAUCCACGUGCCAUCUACUGAAGAUGCACCCAUUACUAUAACCCAUUGUACAUACUCCAUGAGUUACUACACUACUUCAGAAUGAGGAGAAAAAUGGAAACAUGUUGUCAGUCUGACAUCUCAGAAGUUCCUUCAGUGUUGUCAUUUUUUUGACAUGAAUGCAUCUUUUUCUCAUUUCAAAGUUAUACUGACAUUGCAUUCUAGUGCUAGAUAACCUUCACUGUUAGAUAAAUGAAGCUCUGCAUUGACUGCUAAUGCAUAGAACUGGAUACAACUGAAGCAAGGAAAAGGAAUAAAAACAGACUUCAUGAGAAUGAACUUCAUGCCACUUUCCACUAACAUAAGCUUGCUUCAGUUUGAACUCUCUCAGCAUCACCUUGGAGUUUGAGAUGAAUGCAGAAGGGGCAUUGUACAAGCUUUCUUUUUCACAUUUGGAAUUUAUGUUUCAUUACAGGACGUUAUGAUGGUCACAGUUCUCUUGUAGAAGAAUGUGCAGCUAGCUUCUUAGCAUGGUCUCUACUUUCAGCUAUGUUUUUAUGGAGAGGGGGGAAAUUGGAAUUGGUUUAAAAGAAUGUAUUUACCUCUUUCCACAGUAGGGAAGUUGGCAGUGUCUGAAUAGUUUGGUCUUGGACAUUUAUCCAAACACUUGGUUUGAAUUGUUUUGGAGAUUGUCCAAACAGUUGUUCAAGAUCAGUACGCACUUACUGUUCUUAAGGAAGAAAAGCGGCAAAAGUAAUCAUUUAGGCAAAAAUUUUAAAAUAAACAGUGACUUCUAAUUCAAGGUAAGAUAUUUGUUUUGGUUUGAAAAGAGUAUUUGGUUUUAUUUUGGCUAGUUUUAGGAAUGUAUACAUUACUGUUUGUAUAGAGAUCUAAAUACUUCACUGUUCUCCUGUUUGCUGUCUUGGUCAUGACAUGACUUCUGCCAUUUGAAAAUUAACACUAUAUUCCCUAUACUGGGUAGACGUGAAUAAAAUUUACAUUUAGAAUCUUUGCUGGCCAUGCCAACAAACCAUUUGACUUGAAAAAAAUUAUAAAGUGAUCUGAAGACAGGCAGAUGAGCCUAAAGUUAUCACUUGUGCAGUAGGAUUAUUGUGCAGUAGGUUUGUUUGGCAGUUGUGCUUUUAUAAACACUGUUAAUUGUACUAGAGCUUAUAUUGGUCAUCUUGGGCUACAACUGAGGAUUUGUUUGUAUGAGAUGGAUUAAACUAAGAGAUUUUAGUGCUUCGGAAAAUUUCUAUAAUAGUAGCAUCUAAUUCAGAUUCCCAUAAUAGUUUGUGACAAUUUAAAGUUGCAUUAUCUAUGUACUGGAGUGAUCAAUUUAAAUGAACUGAUCCCCAAAGUAAACAAAAAAAAAAAGGCCCUCCAUUAUCUUAAAACUAAAAAUCAGAGUAUGUGCUUAAUGGUAAACCAUUGAAAAAAACCACCUGAGACUGUGAGCUUGUCAUAUACCAUGUGGGCCUGCAUACAGUUAACUUUUACGGGACUGUUAUAGGAUUUAUGAAGGCAAAUAAUCUGUGAACUAGCAUGUCUGUAAUUCUCAGUAUCACCUUACUACCAGGUAAGGAUUUGUUCUGUGCAGCAGUUACAUUCAUGUUAUUUUGUGGGCUAGGUUUGUGGAUUAGUUGCUUCCAAGAAGAUUCUACCUUUAUAAACUUAGGUCCUAAGACCUUGAACUUAUUUUGGUCUUCAAUUUGAAGCUUCACAAUGGGGACAGUGUUCUUGGCCAUGAUGUAAACAGUGUUGGUACAAAAUAAAUAUUAAGAUGUUUAAGGUACAAAAAUGGUAAAAUUUGAUUCCUAAGUUGCUGGUGCGCUGAAAUGCUAUGUAUAUCUUGCUGCAUCCAGUCAGUGCACAGCAGUAAAAAGGCAGGCAUAUAGCUGAAUUCAAUCUUUUUGUGACUGCUGUUAUAGAUUACAAAAGCUCUUCUUUUUAUGAGAACACUGUUUUUUUAGCUUAUCUGUACAACAUGAUGUUUUAAGAAUGUGUGUGUCUUGCCUGUGAUUCUGGCUCCUACUCAGAGGUCCAAUUCACACUAGUUAUUUUCUUGUGCCAGGGCAUGGUUGCCUAUAAACCAUGGAAGGAUACAACCAAAAUGUCCAAGGUUCAUUUUCAUGUUUUUACCUAGACUAGCAAUUGUGUAGAUUUCUGUUUAAUCAGGUAUUAACAAAAUUCACUUUAAAAAAAUCCAGAAUGAUCCAGUACUAGGGUACAUCGCUAUACUGAAAUAUUUGUUUGAACAGACUGCUUAUGAGGCAAUGAAUCAAAUCAUUUUUGUGAUGGUGGCUGAUUUUUUUUUAUGAUUGCAAAAUGCCUACAUCUAAACACCCAGCUAACACUAAAAUUUCCUUUUGAAGCUGUUUACUGAGAUCAUUGGUCAUUAUUUCACUUCCUGUUUCACAUUAAAUUCUAAUUGCAUCUAAACCAUUCUAGGAAUGUGAAUGGUUAAGAUAGAAACAUUUUUGUGAUUAUACAAAAUACGUACAGUAGCAACUGUCCUCAUAAAUAUAUUCAAGGAUGAUUUAUUAAGUCGCAUUAUAUGAGGUGACACUUCUUGAAUAAAAUUAAUUUCUGCAGGGCAGGACAAACUGGAACAACUUUGGUACUCAUAUUCAGCUUAUAUUGCUAGGGGACUUUCAUUUGUGAGAAGGAGAAUAGGUACAAGUAUCCAGCAGUUUCACAAUCUAUUCCUUCCAUUUCGCAAUUAGUCCUUCCUGUCUUCUAAUAUAUGACAAUAGUGUACAGAAUAGCUCCCACAGGUGCUGAGGGAAAUCCAAACAGACAGCAGGGCACCAAUUAUUGUGUACUAGCAAAUGCACUGGAGCUGUCUGGCUUUUCAGUUAGACAGAAAAUAACUUUGGGGUCUGAAUUCUGAAAUUCAAGAUGAGCAUAAAAUAAAAUCCCAUAAUGUGUCUG